AUGUCUGCAAAAACUGUUCAAGGAAACAAUGGCAGAAAGCCAGCCUCCCCUGCUGUGAACCUGAUCGCUGGUGGUGGUGCCGGUAUGAUGGAAGCGCUCGUGUGUCAUCCUCUAGACACGAUCAAAGUUCGGAUGCAGCUCUCUCGUCGGGCCAGAGCACCUGGUGUCAAGCCCCGCGGCUUCGUCGCUACCGGUGCUGAGAUCGUAAAGAAGGAGACUGCCUUGGGUCUGUACAAGGGGUUGGGUGCCGUCCUUGGUGGUAUCGUCCCGAAGAUGGCAAUCCGGUUCACCUCCUACGAAUCAUACAAGCAAAUGCUCGCCGAUAAGGAGACUGGUGCGGUGACCAGUAAAGCCACCUUCUUGGCCGGUCUUGCUGCUGGUGUGACUGAAGCCGUGGCGGUGGUCAACCCCAUGGAGGUUGUAAAGAUUCGCCUGCAAGCACAACACCACAGUUUGGCAGACCCUCUCGAUGCCCCCAAGUAUCGCAGUGCGCCACACGCGCUCUUUACUGUCAUCAAGGAAGAGGGUUUCAGCACCCUGUACCGCGGUGUUUCUCUGACUGCUCUUCGGCAAGGAACGAACCAAGCGGCCAACUUCACGGCCUAUACAGAAUUGAAGGCUUUCCUCCAGAGAACCCAGCCUGAGUACAGCAACUCACAGCUCCCUGCGUACCAAACGACUGUUAUCGGACUGAUUUCCGGUGCUGUCGGACCCUUCUCUAAUGCCCCUAUCGACACCAUUAAGACAAGACUGCAGAAGACACGUGCUGAGCCCGGUCAGUCAGCGGUGUCGCGUAUCAUGGUCAUCGCGAAGGACAUGUUCAAGCAAGAAGGUGCAUCAGCCUUCUACAAGGGCAUAACGCCCCGUGUGAUGAGAGUGGCUCCUGGCCAGGCCGUCACUUUCACCGUGUACGAAUUCCUGAAAGGAAAGCUGGAGACCUCUGGGUGGGCUUUUGUUGGAGGGACAUAUGAGGAGUGA